AUGGUCACCUCCCCUGAUAUGAUUGAAUUCCAAGAAGUCACCCAUGACCUUCAACUCCAAGACCAUCCAUUUUUUGGUCCUACUUACUCAUGGAGUAACAAGCAAAAUGAUAAUUUUCUUGCUCGUAAACUUGUUAGAGUUCUCAUCAACCCUCUGUGGUCUGAAUCUUUUCCUCACUCAUUUGUGGAAUUCUUGGCUCCUGGCUCCUCUGACCACUGUAUGGCUUUGGUGUCUCUUCACAAAGAGGUUCAAACAAAUAGACCCAAGCCUUUUAAAUUCUUUAAUUGUUGGGCUUUCCAUCAAAACUUCCUCAAUAUUGUUAGCCAGUCUUGGUCUAUGCCUAUCCAAGGAAAUCCUAUGAAGAAAAUUUUUCUCAAGCUUAAACGUCUUAAAGUUAGUCUCCAAAACCUCAACAAAGGCUUUUUUAGGGAUAUCUCAACUCAGGUCAGACAAAAGAGAGAAGAAAUUGAGAAACAACAAGUCCUUACCUUAAGAGGUGUUGAGCCCAUUGAUAAGGAGUUGGAACUGCAAAGUGAUCUCAAAUCCUUAGAGGAAGCCGAGGCAAUGCUUCUAAAACAAAAAGCAAAAUUUCACUUGCUAAAAGAGGGAGACAGAUGCUCUUAUGAUCCUAAUGUUAAAGAAUGCUCUACUAGUCUUCUUAAAGACCUCUUGCUACCUAUUCCCUUCCCUGAAGACUAUGAUGGCCUCACUAAGGAAGUCACUCUUGAAGAGAUCAAAGAGGCUAUUUUUAGUCAAGGAAACGAUAAGGCUCCAGGCCCUGAUGCAUUUAAUGCUACUACUAUUGCCUUGGUCCCUAAAAUCCUGAAUCCCAACAAAGUUUCAGAUUUUCGCCCAAUUUCUUGUUGCUCUGUUAUCUAUAAGGCCAUUACAAAGGUCAUUGUUAAAAGGAUGACUCACCUGCUGCCAAGGAUUAUUUCCUCUAAUCAAUCUGCUUUUGUCAAAGGAAUGAGUAUUAUUGACAAUACUCUUCUUGCCCAAGAAAUUGUGAAAGGAUAUGGGAGGAAAACAAUCUCACCCAUGUGUGCCCUGAAAAUUGACUUUCAAAAAGAUUUUGACUCAAUUCACUGGGGCUUCAUUCCAUCAAUUCUUAAGGCUCUUAAAAUUCCAAAUAUUUUCAUAGAGUGGAUUGUGGCUUGUUACUCUGCUGUAAAUUACUCCAUAGCCUUUAAUGGAAGCUUGAUUGGGGUUUUUAAGGGCGCUAAGGGUCUUAGACAAGGAGACCCACUUUCUCCAAUAUUGUUUGUUAUGGUUAUGAAUUUCUUAUCCAAAUUACUCAAUAAUGCUGCUGCAAAAGGGAUCUUCAACUUCCAUCCUAAAUGCAAGAAAAUUUGUCUUACUUAA